UUCGCUCGCGUCUACCCCGGCGCUUAGUCCAGUGCUUGGUACACAGGAAGCGCUUAAUAAGUACCAUUCUUAUUGUGAUUUGAAUUGAAUCCAGGGUAGAACGCGGCACGGGUAGGUGGCAGGUGGGAAUUGGGGCUGGGAGCUCUUCGUAGGCGGCGGCGGCGGCGGCGGCCUGGGCCUCUGCUGUGGUCUUCGCUGCCCUCCCCGGCCAGCUGAUUUUCAGGCUCUCGAGCCGACGCUCUGCACCGGCGAUGAUGACGGAGAGGAGGAAGGGCACAGGGACGACCGAAGACAAGACGAAGGGAAGGAGGGUGCAGGAGCCUUACCUGGAGGAGCGCGUCGGGGUGCCGGACCGGGAGUUCAUCCCGCUGCGGGACAACAAGCUGCUCUCCUCUCCGUCUCUGUCUCGGACGCUCUGCUUCCACCCGGGGACCCGAGCCCAUCGUCACCGACAGAUCCGGACCGUCGGCCACCGCCGUCCCCUCCCGGCCUGGCCCGGUGGUCGCUGACCCCCGGCCGUGACCCCUCCUCUCCGGCCCGCUGACCAUGCUGUGCCUUCCUCUCCGUCUCCCCCCGAUCCUCCUCGUCCUCCUCCUUGGCCGGGCCCUCUGCAGCCGGGAACCUAGAGCAGGGCCUCAUCGCUUUGCCAUGUUCCACGUGUCCCAUUUCCUCAAUGCUUCCGUGGUGCGGUUCUGGGGCAACGCCACGCUCGGGGACACGGUCACUCACGAGAUGGAGGAGGGCGGCCUCCCUCCCACCGUCCGGCAGCUGGAGUCCCCGGAGCCACCCGAGAUCUGGGCUGAGACCCUGAAGGACCUGAAAGCCUACCUGGAGGACUUCAAGCAUCUGGUAGAGCUCAUCAGCCGAGAGAGGGGCCUGUCCUUCCCGUUGACGCUGACCACCUCCCUGGGCUGCGAGCUGCCGGGCAGGGGCUCUGCGGCCCACACCUACUACGAGGUGUCCCUGAACGCAAGCGCCUCGUUCCGCUUCCGCCCAACCCCGGCCCUCUGGGACAGCGAGUGGCGGGGCGACCUGGCCGCCUUCACCCUCAGACAGCUCAACGGCUACAACCGAACUCGGUACGAACUGCAGCACUUCCUCCGGGUCACCUGCGUCAACUACUUGAAGCGGAAAGCGCCCCAUCUCGCCUCUGAACAUCAGACUUCCCCACCGCCUCGCUCAGCUUCGGACUCCACCUCCGACCGACCGACUCUCAGCCCGCAUCCCUCAGAGAGGGAGGGCGCACGUUCCUUUACGCCGCUGGUCAUGGGCAUCGUGGUGGGUAUCUUCAUUGUCUCCGGCGUGGCCGUGGGAAUCUUCUUGUGCACCGGAGGAGGAAGGAGAAGUUAGUCCCCUCUGCCUCCGAGCUCACUCCUCACCCCUGCCCAGGCCAGGGCAGAUCGGGUGAGCCAAGAGAUCCCCUCCCUGCUCACGAAAUCACCUUCUAUGCGUUCAGAGGCCCAGGCGGGUUCGGGCCGGGGAUCGGCCCUUCCAGCCAGGAGGCCCCCGCCGCCCCUCGGCCCCGGGCUCCGAACGGCAGCAGGAGCAGCAGCGGCAGCAGCGAAGAGGCGGCUCCGCCGAGCCCCCAUCGUGACCGCUCCAGUCGCGGGCCCAGGCCUCACUGUCCAGCACCGGAAUUCCCACCUCCUCCUAGGGUUGAAGGCGUCUCCUACCAAUGCCGGGAAAGGCCUGGGCGGGAGGAGGAGGCGGAGGAGACGUUAAAAUAAACGGAGAGACUUGCACUGUG